AUGUUCAGAAGGCUGCACUCGAUCUUCAACUCCGGGCCGCAGAGGAAGGCGGACGUGGCCGAGAGCCCCUACUCGGACAGAGCCAGCCCCACCGUGAGGCUGAUCCGCAGCAGCUCCAUGUACGUGGUCGGGGACCACGGAGAGAAAUUCAGCGAGUCCUUGAAGAAAUGCAAAAGCCCCAGCAGCACGGACACCAGCCUGUCCUACCUGCAGCAGGAGGGGGACCGGGCGUGGAUGUACUCGCGCACCCAGGACUGCCUGCAGUACUUGCAGGAGCUGUUGGCCUUGCGGAAGAAAUACCUCAGCAGCCUGGACGGCCUGAAGCCCCGCCGCGCCCACGGCCUCUCCUCUACCUCCUCUAAGUCCUCCAAGAGAGGGGAGACGGCCCCUGGCCAGUCCACCUCCAAAGACAGAAAGCAGAAAGCAACCCCAAAGAAAUGCUCCCAGUUCAGCGCAGAUGUGGCCGAGGCCAUGGCCUUCUUUGAUUCCAUCAUUGCGGAACUGGAUACAGAGAAGCGGCCCCAGGCUGCUGAGGCAGAGCCUCCAAAUGAGGACGUGGACUUUGAUGUGGCCACCAGCUCCCGGGAGCACAGCUUGCACUCCAACUGGAUCCUGCGGGUGCCACGCCGGCACUCGGAGGACAUCGCUGCGCGUGCUGUGCACGGGACACAUGGCCAGUCUCGAAGGACCAUGGAGUGCAGGACCAUUGGCACUCAGAGGAGACUCGAGAGGCACCCCAUUUACUUGCCCAAGGCUGUGGAAGGGGCAUUCAGCACCUUGAAAUUUAAGCCCAAAGCCUGCAAAAAAGACCUGGGGAGCCCCAGACAGAUCCUCUUCAACUUCUCAGGAGAAGACAUGGAAUGGGAUGCAGAGCUCUUUGUGCUGGACCCCCUGGCGUCUCCGGGGGAGGACUUCCAUGAGACCGAGAACCCCAAAGGGCAGUGGCUGCUUCGAGAGAAACUCUGGGAGUGA